GAAAAAUUAACUAUGCAUAGCCCCGAAUGAUUAUUUGCCAUAUCAACAAAAUGGCGUCUAAAAGGUCUGAAGAAGGGUGUAUUGAAACUGAACAUUGUGGUGAUAUGUUGCCUCAAAAGAAAAAAAAGGAAAUUCGAAUUUGGAUGGAUGGAUGCUUUGACAUGGUGCACUUUGGGCAUGCCAAUGCAAUAAGACAGGCUAAGGAAUUUGGAGAUGUUCUUUUAGUUGGUGUUCAUUCUGAUGCUGAAGUCACCAGACAUAAAGGUCCUCCAGUGUACACAGAAGAAGAGAGAUACAAAAUGGUUAGAGCCAUCAAAUGGGUGGAUCAAGUUAUUGAGGAUGCACCCUAUGUGACUACACUGGAAACAUUGGACCAAUAUGAUUGUGAUUUUUGUGUACAUGGCGAUGACAUUACAACCACUGCAGAUGGGGUAGACACUUAUCAUCUGGUCAAAGCUGCUGGAAAAUAUCAAGAGUGCAAGAGGACAGCAGGUGUGUCAACAACUGAUCUGGUUGGAAGAAUGUUGCUGGUGACCAAAAGUCACCAUGAAAGAGAUGAAGACAGUAUUGAUGAGCACCACGUGGGGGCUAUUAGCAAGAUGAUUUUAAAAGGAGAUGGUGGCAGCUCACACAGCCCAUGGACUGGUGUCUCUCAGUUUUUGACAACUACAAAAAAGAUCAUACAAUUUUCUGAAGGUAGAGAACCAAAGCCUGGAGACAGAAUUGUUUAUGUUGCUGGGGCUUUUGAUCUGUUUCAUGUUGGUCAUGUUGACUUCCUGGAGAAAGCUGCUUCACUAGGAGACUUCUUGAUUGUUGGUAUUCACACAGACCCUGUAGUGAACAGGUACAAGGGAUCCAAUUACCCCAUAAUGAAUAUGCAUGAGAGAACUUUAAGUGUGCUUGCAUGCAGGUAUGUCUCAGAAGUUGUGAUAGGUGCUCCAUAUGCAGUAACACCAGAUUUGAUGGAGCAUUUUAAAGUGGAUGUAGUGUGUCAUGGUCAAACACCUGUGAUGCCUGAUAUAGAUGGGUCUGAUCCUUAUGCUGAGCCUAAACGUUUGGGGAAGUUCAAAAGUAUUGAUAGUAAAAACAAUUUGACAACACAGAUGAUCAUUGACAGAAUCAUUCAACAUAGACUGGAAUAUGAGGAACGCAACAGAAAGAAGGAAGAAAAAGAAAAAAAGAUCUUAGAGCACAUGAAAAAUACAGCCCAAAUCAAGACAGGCUAAGUGACUUUCUUUGUACAAGUGUACAUGCAGUACACUUCUAUUGUUUUCCUUGUUACAUUAAUCAUUUCUUUCCAAAUUUAUUAAGCUUCCUAAGCAAUGUGUAGAUUGCAGGUAAUAUAUUAUUUGUAAAAGCUUGAACUGAAUUGUUAUUUUUAUGACGAGGGCAAUAAUAUGUCCUGUUGUUUUUCAAAAUGAGUUUGAAUAUAAUUUUGUUUAUUUUUAUUGUGGGAGAAAAACUAUUGCUUGGAAAUCAUCUGUUCAGUUCUUGUGUCAUCCCAUAACACUUCUUAGUCCAAGUGUUUUCUCAUCAUGCACAUUGAUUUUCACUGACCUUUUAUUGCAUUUUGUUCAAGAAAUUAUUGAUGGUGAAAUGGAUUCUAAUAAAAGUUGUACAACUUCUGCACCUGAUACUAUUUCAGUUUCUUCUUUUUAAAGUCCUAAUAGUUCAGUACACUGCAUGAGUGAUGCAAUCUUAAUGUAUUUGUUAAUCCUACAUUUGAAAUCAACUGUGUUUAGUUGUAUAAACACCAUGGCUGACUGUGAGCUCAUUAUGACUGAGAAUUGUAAUGGUUAGACCUAUUCAUUAUGACUGAGAAUUGUAAUAGUUAGACCUAUUCAUUAUGAAGCUCAUUCUUUUUUUUUUAGCUAGAAAUUUGUGUUUGAAAUGUAAAUAAUUUUUUUAAAAGAUUUUUUUUUAUUAUCACAUGAUGAUUGUGCUCUUGCCUUCAUGUUUAACAUUAUUGUUUUGGUUAUUACACUGAUGGGUGGACAUGUUAAAUGACAUACAAUUAUUUAAUAAUUUAUUAUAGUGUUCAUGAAGCAAUUUUAAAAAAUUCAGUUUCAGUAUUUUACAUUCUGCCUAUGUCAUAUUUCAUUAAACCGUAGUUAUACAAUGUAAUGAAUUAAUAGUAAAUCUAUUAAUAUGAUGAAGCCAUUUUUUAAAGAUGCAUUGCCACUUGUCUUAAAAGAUAUCAUUUACAUUUUUUAUUGAUAGCUAAUCUUUUCAAUUACAUUUCAUUCCUAAGCAUAAGAAAUCAUUUGUACUUUAUCUUAAUACCAAUGGUCCCAAAAAUAAAUGUAGCACCAACUAGGUUAAUGUCUUGAUUUCAGAUUAGUUCAUUUCAUUUGCAUUAGCCCCUCAAUCAUUGUGCAGCUGUGACUACAUUACAUCUUUCUUUCCCCCUCUAACUUGUUCUUUCUUUCCCCCUCUAACUUGUUCUUUCUUUCCCCCUCUAACUUGUUCAUUUCAGUUUAUAUUCAUAUGCUUAUUUUUUUUUUUGUUUACAAUUGUAUUUAUUAUUGUCCAUGUGAUAUCAAGAUUAUUGACAUGUCUUUGCUUGUUCAUGAGCUGGGCAUGCAACUGUUCAA